AUGUUGAUUUACACCCGGAUUAUCUCUAUAUUAGGAAUGUGGACGAAACUCGACACGUACAUUGAACUGUACAAUGGAUAUAUGCAAGAUAUACUGGAUAGGAAGCAUCGGACGAUGGAUCUGUUGUUUUUGGUCCUGUUGGGAUUACUUUUCUUAUUUUUAAAAAGAACCAUAUAUUAUUAUAUGUACCUACCACCAGGACCAUGGGGUAUACCGUUUCUUGGUUAUCUUCCGUUCAUGAAGAGCUCACCCCACGCCAUGUAUUCUAGAAUGGCCGAUAAAUACGGUGAAAUUUCUUCUAUAAAACUUGGAAACCAUUUAGUCGUCUGUCUUAAUUCGCCGAAACUUGUGAAGGAACUCUUCAGUCGAUCGGAUUCUAUCGCGAGACCAAGAACUCCGCUGAACGAAAUCAUGGAAGGACGAGGUAUAGUACUGAGUGAAGGUAUACUUUGGCAGAAACAGCGUCAAUUUCUACAUGAAAAAUUCAGGGCUCUUGGAGUAAAGGUGUGGCCGAAACAGCGAUUCGAGAAAUUUAUUAUUAUGGAAAUCGAAGAAUUUAUAACCGACUUAAUUAAAUUGAAUGGAGCUCCUGUUGAUCCAACGCUUUUGCUCGGAAGACACGUACACAAUAUAAUAUGCCAAUUGAUGAUGAGUUUCCGAUUUGAAGAGGACGAUCAAGAGUUCGGUAUAUUUAAUGAAAAAAUCAGUCGUGGGAUGAAGCUGUACGGAUCGAUACACGCUAGCGAAUACGUGCGGCAGUACUUGAAACUGCCCGGAAAGAAAACAAUUUUAGACGAAAUGAAACGUAGCUUGGCCGACAUCAGCGAAUUUCAUGCAAACAAGAUCAGAGAACGUAUUGAUUAUCGAGCAACCCAUCCGUAUGAUGAACCUGCCGACCUUUUGGAUUAUUACUUGGACAAUAUUGAAGCUAGGAAAUCAAGAAAACGUUUCCCUGAUAUAUUCCCGGGAGUCGAUCCAGAGAAACAGGUAGUACAAGUGAUGAACGAUCUCUUCUCCGCCGGAAUGGAGACGUCGCGCACGACUCUCUCCUGGACCUUGCUGAUGAUGAUCCACGAGCCUGACGUGGCUGCGAAGGUCCGGGCCCAGCUCAGAGAAACGGUCCAUCCAGGAGAGCUCGUGACCCUCGAUCAUCGCCCCGAGCUGCCAUACCUCGAGGCUGUGCUGUUCGAGACAUUACGAUGCGUUUCACUCGUACCCUUAGGAACUACACAUGUCAAUACAACCGAAUGGAAAGUGGACAAGUACGUCAUCCCGAAAGGAGCACACAUUAUUCCGUUAAUCGGCAAGAUGAAUAACGACUCCAAAGUGUACCCGGAACCGGAUAAAUUCAAACCGGAACGUUUCUUGCGCGACGGCCAGUUUCACAUCCCGGAUAGCUACAUGGCUUUCGGAGUUGGACAACGCUUGUGUCUGGGAAUCCAAUUGGCCAGGAUGCAGCUAUUCCUCUUCUUCGCCAACAUUAUGAACAGGUUCGAGUUGUCGCUGCCCGAGGGCGCUGAGAUGCCACCUUUAGAGGGCUUCAUGGCCGCAACCCACACUCCGUUACCUUAUUCUUUGUGUUUCCACAAAAUCGAUAACUAA